AUGAGAAGCCGAAACAUCCCCAUCACCCACUUCGAUCCAUAUCUGCUAGCAACCACCGAUGUAGAAACAGGAGCCACCACCGAGGACGAUGCCAACGACGAGGAAAGAAGAGACAUUGAGGCAACGAUCGAGGACCACGCUCAAAACAAUGGGCCGUCCAAUCAUCGUGUCAUCUCCGAUCUUCGAACUCCUCACGGUAGCACGCCAUCUACAGGAACUCCGCGUCUAUCUUCACCAGGCAUGGUCUGGGACAACGAGGGAAUGAGCCUGCACGAUGAAUUACAAAUCGCGAACUUGCUCGACCCCGCGAACCCACAGAGAUCUCCAAUGGCUCCUGCUGCUCCAACAUCAUCUGCUGCUGCUCCGACUCUAACUGCUGCUGCUCCGCCGUCAUCUGCCAGUGCUCCGAUGUCAUCCGCUGCCGCUUACCAUCUACAUGGUCAACAUGGUCAACAACUCGGAGCUCCAGCUCAUACCAAUGGUGGUACUACUCGCCUCCAGCAGCCGCUUGAACAUAGGAUCCAGACAACUACACAAGGGGAGCACAGACUCCUGGCGGCUAUCGAAGCUAUUGCCACAAGUCAGAGUCAAAUGCAAUCAGAGUUAACUUCACAAGGCCGCUUAGUACACGUGCUCAUUGACAGAAUGGAAGCUAAGGAAAAGUUAAUUGUGGAACCCAAAAUUUUAAAUACUACCGUCGCCGAAGAGACCAGUAGACCAGCUAUGCCACAGCCAACCCAUGAAACGGCUCAGCAACAGCAAACCACUGACUCCGAGUACGAAUAUGAGUUUGAUUCCGACGACAAUAACCAGCAACCGCUUACUCCUCAAACACGUACUCAAAUCCGAUACAUCGAGGUGAAGAAUAAUGGUAGUCACGAUACUCAAAACUUAUUAAAGUACCUCGGCAAAUAUGAUGGUAACUCAAAUAUUGAUUCAUUCCUUACCGACUUCAAAGAAUCGGUAAUGGAAAACGAUAAUCUAAAUCACGCAAAUAAAUUUAUGAUCUUAAAAACUCACCUAUUAGGCAAAGCACGUGACUGUAUCUCUCGAGACCACGUAGCGGCUAAGGCAAUUGAGAAGACUAUUGCUUCACUGCAAGCAGUGUUUGGGAAGGAUGAAAACAAAACCAGCCUUUUAGCCCAGAUCCACACUAUCGGUUUUCCACAGUCAGACGUUAAGGGAAUGCGUAGGGCGAUCGCCAAACACACUAUUCUUGCCGAACAGCUAGUGAACAUCGGAUUAGCAGCGAAUGACGAGAGAACUUUUACACCUCUCACAUCUCGCCUACCACCCGCUAUCCGCACAAGAGUCACUCAGUUUUGGGGCUUGAAAGGUGAAAACGCGACAUACCAAGAAAUCUUUGACUAUGUCACUACUUGUGUUGACGACAUGGCAAGAUAA